CUUCAGUUGUCGAGUUUGCUUUCUCACACGGUUCCGCCCAGGAAGUGUCUGGCGAGCUGCUUGAGUCCAGAAGAUCGGUCAAAGUUUCACCAGCCUUUCAUUCUUGACGCUAUAAAGCGGUGGUUGUCGAGCUGGAGCGUGACGGAACUUUGUUGCGUCUGCAAAUGGCGGGGUGGUUUCCGAGCGUCGGGGUUCCGAGAUCCACUUAACCGAAACAACCCCUUGUGUGCGAAUAAUCUGCUCUGAAAAAAAAAAAAGAAGGCUUCGCUCGUAUGACUUAACGGUUCUUUUUCUUUCCCGACCCAAACCGGAUCCUGUCGUCAUGACGCCCGACCUCCUCAACUUCAAGAAGGGAUGGAUGUCCAAGCUGCACGAGAGCGGCGAGUGGACGAAGCACUGGUUUGUUCUGACUGAUGCUGGACUCAAGUACUACCGCGACUCCAGCGCUGAGGAGAAGGACGACAUUGAUGGGGAGAUUGACCUCAAGUCCUGCGUGAAAGUGUCCGAGUUUGACGUGGAGAAGAACUACGGCUUCCAGAUUCAGACUCGCGAGGCCGUGUUCACGCUGUCCGCCAUGACGGCCGGAAUCAGGAGGAACUGGAUUGAGGUUCUGAAGAAGAGCAUCCGGCCCAGCAGCUCCCCGGACCUGACUCAGCUCCCCGACAGCAGCAGCGACAAGGAGAACUCCCACACCCGCUUCCCGCUCUCGUCCCGCCGUCCGUCCUCCCGCCACGGUGACGCCCCACCGGAGCUCCUGACCUCGGUGGCUCCAGCUCAGCGCAGGUUCGACUACGUGGAGCUGUCGCCCGUGUCGGCGAGGGAGGCGAGCGAAGGCCAGGGCCGCGCGGACUCCACCAGCAGCCAGUGGGAGGCGGUGUUGUCCAGGAAGACCACGGGCAACAACCAGAGGCACAACGUGGAGGCGGAGAUCGAGCAGAAGUGGGCGGAGUUUGAGCGCCUGCCUCUGAAGGAGAUGAGCUCCAUCCCGUCCGCGGGGCUGCGACCUUCAGCCGACGAGGCGCUGCAGAGGGAGGUGGCGUCACUGAGGCGGCAGCUGGAGCAGCUGCAACCGGGGGGGAGGGAGGGAGGGGAUCGAGGGGGCUGUGGUGCAGGCGCCCCCUGCGGCCGCAGCCUGGCGGCCGUGGAGCGGGCACACCGGCAGGCGCUGGAGGAGAUGCAGAGGCAGCACGAGCGGCAGGUGACGGAGCUGCAGACGGAGAAGGAGCGGCUGCUGCUGCAGGAGGAGCAGGACACGGCUCGAGUGAUGGAGGCUCUGAAGAGGAAGCACCAGGAGGAGCUGGAGCGGGAGGUGGAGCGGGUGAAGCGGCUUGGCAGCGGCCUGCUGGACACGCACACGCUGGCGUCACAGCAACAGACGGAGGCUCGGGCCCUGCAGAGGGAGCUCUCUGGGCUGUCGGAGCGCUACUCGCAGAAGUGUAUGGACUUGAACCGGGCGGAGCAGGACAGCGCCAAGCGAGAGUGGGAGAUCGUCCGGAAGGAGCGAGAGCUGGAGCAGCUGAGGAGUGAGAACCAGGACUUGAAGACCCGAUUGAAAGAAGAGAUCGGGCGGAGGCGAUCGGCCGCCUCUGAACUGAGUCCAGAGAGCGACAGGGAAGGGGACACCUGUGAGCUGGAGGUUCUUCUGCGGAUGAAGGAAAGUGAGAUCGAGUACUUGCACCGGGAGAUCAGCUGCCUGAGGAACGAGCUGCAGUUCCUCAACAAGGAAAAGCGUCUGGCCUGCGAGCGCUACGCUGAGGUCCGCGAGGAGCUGAGCGGGAUGAAGGGCCGGAAUGAGCGGGAGAUCCAGAGUUUGAAGGAGCACUUGAGACUGACCAUGGAGGCCCUGCAGGAGGGGCAGAAGCUGGGCAACAGUUUGGAUCACUGACACCAGGACCAACCAGCUGACUGAACCACGAGCCAGCGGACGUUCGUGCCUUACAUUUCAUUCUUCCGACGACGACGAUGACGGCGGCGAGCUGUUUUCUCUACACUGGACCCCACACACACACACACACACGUGACGACAAAAACUGCACUAUUUUUUCGAGUCUUAAAACUGGAUUUUUACUUUUCGGCGACGCUGAAGCCUCCCGACGUUUACAGAGGAGCCGCCGCCUUCUCGGGUGUCGUCGUCACGGUGACGCCACGUUUUGGGAUCUUUGUUUUAAAUGUCAUCAUUUGUGUUUUAUAUGUAAAGACGUUUUUGCGUUAUUCACAACACACCUGCAGCUUCCGGAUCAAACGAGUGUUGACGCGCUUUUACCAGCUUGUAGUCGCCUUUUUUUAUUUUUGUACCUUUCCUCAUCACCAACGUGUCGCUGAGAUGAGCCAACUUUUCUAUUGAGCAUUUGUAUUGUGACGGAAGUCUUGGUCAAAAGAGCAUAUUUAAUGUACCAUAGAACCAGAAUCGUAAAUUAUACACAUCCUGCAGUCAAUAAACGGAAGUGUCUUCUC